AUGAUCAUCUUAAACCACACGGGGGUUAGCCACACAGUUUUCCAUUUGCUGGGCAUCCCUGGCCUAGAGGACCAGCACUUAUGGAUUUCCAUCCCUUUUGUCAUUUCCUAUGUCAUUGCCCUGCUUGGGAACAGUCUGCUCAUCUUCAUUAUCAUCACAAAGAGCAGCCUCCAUGAACCCAUGUACCUCUUCCUGUGCAUGUUGGCAGGAGCAGAUGUUGUUCUCUCCACCUGCACAGUACCUCAGGCCUUGGCCAUCUUCUGGUUCCAUGCUGGGGAGAUAUCCCUGGACCGCUGCAUCACUCAAUUCUUUAUUAUCCACUGGACUUUCAUCUCUGAGUCAGGGAUCUUGCUCGUGAUGGCAUUUGACCGCUACAUUGCCAUUUGCUACCCACUGAGAUACACCACUAUUCUUACACACUCUCUGAUUGGGAAAAUUGGUGUGACUAUCUUUCUGAGAAGUUAUGGUACAAUUUUCCCUAUAAUAUUUCUUUUGAAAAGAUUGACUUUCUGCCAAAAUAAUAUUAUUCCACACACUUACUGUGAACACAUUGGCUUGGCCAAAUAUGCUUGUAAUGACAUUCGAGUGAAUAUCUGGUAUGGACUUUUUGUCAUAAUAUCAACAGUGGUCUUAGAUGUUUUGCUAAUUUUUGUUUCCUAUGUGCUGAUUCUCUUUGCUGUCUUCCACAUGUCUUCCCAAGAUGCUUGCCACAAAGCGCUUAACACUUGUGGCUCCCAUGUCUGUGUCAUCAUCCUUUUUUAUGGGCCUGCCAUCUUCACAACCCUUACUCAGAGGUUUGGACGCUACAUCCCACCUCAUAUCCACAUUUUGUUGGCUAAUGUCUGUAUUCUUGUUCCACCUAUGAUGAAUCCUAUAAUUUAUGGGAUCAAGAUGAAGCAAAUCCGGGAACAAGUGGCUUACAUCUUUUUUUCAGCGCAAAAAUAA